UGUGAUGAUCUACACCAGAGAUGAGGUGGAGUUUGGAGAGGAGAACACUCUGAUCUGUCACGUGACUGGUUUCUAUCCUGCUCCUGUCAACGUCUCCUGGACCAAGAACAGACAGAAGGUCACAGGAUCCAGCAUCAACGUUCCCUAUCCCAACAAAGAUGGGACCUUCACCCAGAUCUCCAGACUGCAGUUCACCCCACAGCUGGGAGACAUCUACAGCUGUGCAGUGCAACAUCUGGCCCUGACAGAACCACUGACCAAGAUCUAUGAGGUGGAGGCGUCCGCUCGCUCUGAUCCAGGUGUUGGACCCUCUGUGUUCUGUGGAGUGGGUCUGACUCUCGGUCUGGUCGGUGUGGCUGCUGGAACCUUCUUCCUCGUCAAAGGAAACGAGUGCAGCUGAUUGGCUCACGGUGACUGAUGUCAUCAUGUUUACAGAGC